UGCAGAUGGACCCUUUUCUAGAUCGUCCUCCCCUAAAUCUUAUGGAUCGCACUCAAAAUCGACACCCGGGUCUUCUUCGGAGAUGUCCUCCAAACCCUCAAGCUCGCAAGAACAGCCUGUGUUCAAAGUCCCCCUUCCGCCGACAUUGCCUUCGUCUAGAGACCAGGAGAAUGAGCCUCCACCGACAUUCAAGCGCGCCAAGCCCCAGGGUUUCAACUUGCUGGACAAGCCUGAGAAGCUUGCUGUGGUAUAUGGUGACGAGAAGAAAGAGCACGGGGAGACACCUGCAGGGAACGGGAACUCCCCUAGAAAGAUCCUUGCAACAAGAAGUAAUAACACACCUCACAGACCGGCCCCUCCUCCUCCUAAGAUGUCCGUUCUUGAGACCGCCACCGCAACAGGAGGAGCUGCCACGGCAUCACAAUCACGGAAAAAGCGCAGUCAAGUUUCAGUCAAUCACAAGCCCUUCACCCGGCUGGACUGCAUCGGUCGUGGUGGAAGUUCGAGAGUGUACCGCGUCAUGGCUGAGAACUAUAAGAUCUUUGCUCUGAAAAGGGUGAAUUUGGAGGAUGUCGAUCCAACUACCUUGGCUGGAUACAAGGGUGAAAUUGACUUGCUUAAGAAGUUGGAGAAUCUUGAUCGCGUUGUCCGUUUAUUCGAUUGGGAGUUGAACUCCGACAAGCAUACCUUGAGUGUUUUGAUGGAAAUAGGAGAGUCAGAUCUAGAGAAGAUCCUUACCUACCGCCUAAACGCGGAGGACGCCAGAUUCGACAUUAACUUUACCCGAUACUACUGGAAGGAGAUGCUUGAGUGCGUUCAAGCUGUCCACGAUCACAACAUUGUCCACUCUGAUCUGAAACCGGCGAACUUCCUCCUGGUUCAGGGCCGACUGAAGCUAAUCGAUUUCGGCAUCGCGAACGCUAUUCAAGAUAACACUGUGAACGUGCAUCGCGAACAGCAAGUGGGAACCCCGAACUACAUGUCACCGGAAGCCUUGGUCGACUCCAAUGCCUCACUUGGCCUACCAGCAAGUGUGGGAAAGAUGAUGAAGCUCGGAAAACCGAGUGACGUAUGGAGUCUGGGAUGCAUUCUCUAUAAGAUGGUGUACGGCCAGCCUCCGUUUGCCAAAAUCGCCAAAUACUAUGAACGCAUCCUCGCCAUCCCCAAUCCCCACGUGAAGAUCGACUUCCCAGCAUUCGGCGUAGGAGGCGUCCCCGUACCUCCUGGACUGGUCCGAACGCUGAAGCGCUGUCUUCAGCGCGAUCAAACCUUGCGUCCAACCGUGGAAGAGCUUCUCGGCCAGCGCGACCCGUUCCUCUACCCAGACGCGCAGCUCGAAGGCGCCGUCCCAGUCACUCAGGACAUGCUGAACCGGAUCCUCGUGAACGUGGUCAACCACUGCCGCGUCCGCGGUAUCCCCAAGGACGAAGAACUAGCCGCUUGGCCCGCUGGAUUCUUCGCCAAGAUCAAAGCUGCACUAGAAGAAGGCAGCUAGUCACUCAUCACCAACCUACACUGUCGACUGAACCAACCAACUUUUCCUAUGUUCCUGUGUGCCUUUCACGUCCUGAUACCAUACCCCUCCGAUGAACCCGGCGUUCCCAAGUCACCACCGUUAUAUCCUCGCCUUUUUCCUUUGUUCCGUACGACACAUAUCUGUUGCUUCACUUCUUGUUCCAUCUUGGAUCUAUACAUCAUUUUCCUCUUCUCCCACCACCAUUAUUUUGGUUUAUGGGGCACACCCGCUGGAAACAUGGUGUUGUCUUUUAUUUUUUUUUUUUU